AUGGCAGAGGAGAAGUGGGAUGGUCACAUCCCGCCCGAGGCGUGUGAACAGUCAUCGAAUGAACCUGGUGAUCCGCCUGCGAAAGAGGCGAGACUGAAUCAGCAUGAUAACACCAACCGCCGCAAUCAGGCUGUGAAUGUCCGGGUUCGCCAUGUAUCGGUGAAAGUGGACCCGGCCGGGGGUUCAGUCUUUACGUCGCUAGAUGCUUUCAAGACGAGUGUCCUCCGUCUCAACGACAAACCGGCAAUCAAGGAUAUCUUGAACGACGUCUCGGCUGAUAUUCCAAGUCGAAGUCUCACGGCGAUUAUUGGCGCUAGCGGGAGUGGAAAGACGACACUCCUCAAUGUCAUUGCCCAACGUGUAAAGGACAAAAGAUUUCGACAAGUUGGAACGGUCUCGUACCAUUCCGAACGACCUGCUGCCCACCUCGACCAAGAUGCCCGACAUACUAAGGUCGGGGUGGCAUAUGUGCUACAACAGGACGUGCUUUUGCCUACUCUUACAGUGCGAGAAACUCUUCGGUAUGCUGCCGACCUGCGUCUGUCAACGACCAAGACAAAGAAGGAACGCGAGGCAAUGGUUGAAAGUGUAAUUGCCGAGCUUGGUCUGGGAAAAUGUGCCGAUACGAGGAUUGGCGAUGAUGCUCAUAAGGGCUGCUCCGGGGGAGAGAAACGACGGACGAGCAUUGGCGUGCAACUGCUCGCAGACCAGCCCAUUCUCAUCCUGGACGAGCCCACUACCGGCUUGGACGCUGCAUCUGCGAUUCAAGUAGUUCAGACACUCAAAAGUCUCGCUGACCGUGGGAAGACUGUCAUUAUGACCAUUCAUCAACCACGUUCGGAGAUUUGGAGACUGGUUGACAAUCUGAUACUCCUGGCACGAGGCUCACCGGUCUACUCCGGGCCUGUCCGAGAUUGCCUAUCCUACUUCGACCAGCUCGGCUACAAGAUGCCCUUAUUUUUCAACCCCUUCGAUUUUGUCAUCGAUCUUGCUGCUGUUGACCUUCGCUCGGUGGAACUGGAAAGGUCUUCGCUCAUCCGGGUGCAGCAACUACAAGAAACCUGGAGAGCGAAAACUGCAGGUGCUGCAACGCCAGAGUUGGAUCUGCAGCCCAGCGAUGCAUUCGACGGCAAAUCAGUUGCCCACUCUGGAAACAGGCUCAACGAGCUUCGACACGAGAUCCUUGUGCAUAUCCGCAGAACAUUUGUCGUGACUUGCCGCGACCGCUUAGGUCUCCUUGCCAGCAUAGUCGAGUCGUUGAGUAUGGGCAUAAUGAGCGGCUGGAUCUUUUAUCAGCUGGGUAACGACCUGGCUGGUAUCAGGUCCCGCGAAGGCGCCAUGUACUCGGCCUGCGCUUUGCAAGGCUACCUCAUCCUCCUCUUCGAGACUUAUUGA